UCUACAUAAACUAGACAUAUUAAGAGUUACCAAGUAGCUAUAAAGUAUAAUUAAGUGAAAGACAACUUUUUUGUAGCUUAUUCUUAAGGAUUUUAAUACUUUAAGCAAAUUAACCGGUUUUAAGCAUGGAGAAAAACGAAGUUUUUGAUUAUUUCCAAGAAAUUGCUAGAAGUGCAUUUGCAGAUAUGCUGCAUGAUACAGAAAGAAACCAAAAGUAUUCAGCUGCAUUGAAGGAAACUAUAGAGAAUGUCAAAAAAGAAGAAAAAGAAGCCAAUGUUUUAGAUAUUGGAACUGGAACUGGAUUACUGGCAAUGUUGGCUUCACAGCACGGUGCAGACUCAGUCGUGACAAUUGAAACUUUCUCUCCUGUAUCUCAAUUUGCACGGAAAAUCAUCGAGAAGAAUGGCUUUAAGGACAAAAUUAAAGUAAUUAACAAGCAUUCGACGGAAGUAAAAGUUGGUGAUCAUGAAGAGAUGAAGCAGAAAGCUAAUAUUCUUGUUGCUGAAGUUUUUGAUACUGAAUUGAUAGGCGAAGGUGCCUUAAAAACUUACAAUGAUGCUCAUAGAAAUUUACUGGACGAUGACUGUAUCGCAAUACCACACAAAGCUAACGUCUACAUCCAAAUUGUAAAGAGUGAAUUAGCAUCUUCCUGGUAUACAUUAAAAGAUAUGAAAAUUGAUGAAGAUCAAGUCAUUAAAGCUCCUGAUGAUGUCACGAAAUGUCGAGGAUUAUCGUCCAUAAAUGACAUUCAACUUAGCCAGUUCCCAUUAAAUGAAUUCAAAGCAAUUACAGAACCAGUAAAGAUUUGUGAAUUUAAUUUUUCGAGUAACAAGCUAAUUCCAAAUGACGAGUCAUUCAACUACUCUUUUAAAUCCAAAGAAGAUACAGAGUCUAUAAUUAUAUUUUUUUGGUGGGAUAUUCAUAUGAAUGAAAGUGGUAGUAUCCUUUUAAGUUGUGCUCCAUAUUGGGCUCAUCCUGACACAAAUUCAAUAAAUAAUGAAAUCGAAAAGAGAAACGGAAUUCCAUGGCGAGAUCAUUGGAUGCAAGGAUGCUAUUACGUUCCUAAAUCGCUAGAAAAAGGACUCAAUUAUGUCCUAACAGCAAGUCAUGAUGAGUUUUCGUGGUUCUUUGAUGUUUAUAACGAAUCGAAAGUAGAGAAAAUUGAACGUCCAAUGUGUUCAUGCUUUCUACAUAUCUGCAAUUCCCGAAAUCAAAUUAUGCAAAUGAAUGACGAGUCAAAGAGACAAGCUUUUAUGAAAUUAUUGCGAAAUGUCGAUCUUAAUAACGUUCUCUUUAUUGGCGACCACAGUCUGAUUUCCUUAAUAGCUGCAAACAUAUCAACAGCUAAGAAAAUUACAGUUUAUCAGGAAGAUGAGUUGUGCUUUAAAAGUCUAAGAAAAUUCAUUGAAUGCAACAAUUUGAAUCAUAAGAUCAAUCUUAUUAAUGAUUUGACAAAUGUGAAGGAUAUCACUCACUUAAUCGCAGAUCCAUGCUUCAAUUCAGCCAUCCUUCCUCUCGACAAUAUAUCACAGAUAACAACAAUCGUUCAGAAUUUAUGCAAAUUAAAUCAGCAGCCAUUCAAAGUGUUCCCACAGCGAGCUAGAAUUUUCACAGUUCCUGUUCAUUUUUUGAAUCUCCACAAGAUUCGAUGGCCACUGGAGUCAUCAUGUGAGGGAUUUAAUCACGAGUGCUUUGAUGAAGUCGUCGAACUCGCAUCAAAAAUAGCUGAUGAUAAUGUUGAACCGUUUUCUUUGUGGGAAUAUCCAUGCUAUGCUCUCGGGAAACGAUCAAAUAUUUUUGAGGUCGAUUUCAAUGCGAAUAAAAUUUCUCAAGCAGUCACAAAUAUUGAAAUAGAUAAUUUCUCGAGAAGCUGUAAUGGAAUGGCAUUUUGGAUCGAAUGGAUAUUGGAUGAGAAUGACAUCAUUAUUUCCACUGGUCCAUUAAAUGAGAUUGUAUCAGGAGAAUUAAUAAAUUGGAAAUUCGACCGUCAAGCGGUCCAUUUGAUUCACUAUAAAGAUAUCGUGACUGGAAUUUUAAAAAGCAUCGACAUCAAAUUUCAUUUAAAGGACGAAAUUGCAUUUGAUUUCUCUUAUCAUUACGAGAAAUAGUGUCCAAUUACAAUGUCUUCUUACUUUAUUGUUUUCUUUAUCAUAAUAAAAUAAUGAUGCGAUAAGGAAAUUUUCCUUGACUUGACAAUAAAAU